AUGGCAACGAGAGCUCUUCACUACGUUUUUAAGAUUGGUGACAGGAGAGCGUCCUACGAUUUCUUCACGAAAGUUCUACAGAUGAAGGUGCUCCGUCAUGAGGAGUUUGAAGAAGGAUGCAAAGCAGAGUGUAAUGGGCCAUAUAAUGGAAAAUGGAGCAAAACAAUGGUUGGCUAUGGUAAUGAAGAUGAAAACUUUGUGAUUGAGCUAACGUAUAAUUAUGAGAUCGGUUCUUAUCGCCUUGGCAACGACUUGAUGGUUGAUCCUGAUGGUCACUGCUUCUUUAUAUGUCCUGGAGAAGGUCCUCCAAAACUCGUAAAGGUAGGCGUGAGAGUGAAGGACAUCAAGAAAAGUGUUGAAUACUGGACGAACCAACUAGGAAUGAAGAUUGUUGAAGAAAGCAGAAAUGGGCGCACAACAAUGCAUUAUGGAGAAGGACAAUGCGCUAUUGAGCCAUCACAACUACCCGAGGGUACUCCACUCGAUAGGGCUAGUGGGUAUGGACGAAUUGCAUUUUCAUAUCCUGAUGAGGAGUUACUAGCAUUACAAGAAAAAAUCAAAGCAGCGAAACUCCCCAUAGUUAAAGAGCUCGUCACGUUAGAUACUCCUGGAAAGACCAGUGUACGGGUCAUCAUUCUUGCUGAUCCAGACGAGCACGAGAUUUGCUUCGUUGGAGAUAAAGCCUAUCGUGAGCUCAGCAAAUUUGAUCCAAAUGCUGAUGAAUUCAUUUGUAAAGAAAUGGCUCAAGACAACAGCGCAAAUUGGUUUAGAAAUGGAAAACGGAGUGUUUAA